CAGUCAACCAGUACUAUACUCCAACCAACAACCACAAGAAUGUGACAAUAAAAAGGCAGCUACAAGGUAACGAAUAUCAGUUCAAUAUGAGUUUGUGGAGUAACUUUUUACUGACUGUUCUGCUGCUCUGUUGUCUCCAUGGAUAUGGCAGUCAGCAGCAAGAUCUGGACACAGUGAUAAACAAACUGGCUCAGAAAGUGGCUGAAUCUCAGAUAGUGAAGAAUUCUGAGCUGGAUCCAUAUAAGAAGCAAAUUGGAGUCUAUCCUUGCAAUAUUCGACUGAACUUCAACGGUAAUACGGCCUCCAAACCUGUCCGAGAUUUUGUUGCCAUAUUUGACAAUAAUGCAUUCGUGACUCUGUGGGUGAGCACCAUUCUGCUAGAGGCUGCCCAAUUCCCCUCGGGCCCACAACCUUCUCAUGACCAGCUGAAGCUAGCUAUAGAAGCCGUGGCAACCUAUCACGAUCGCAAUCGACCAAAGGAUGGAAUACUUGUAUUCUGGCCCCAAACACACAAUGCCAGCAGUGGACGCUAUUUCUGUGACCCCCAGAAUCUAACACCACUUGCUGAUGGCUUGGAUGACUUUUUGAAAGAUAUCCACAGUCUACUUACUGACCUGGGACUAGAGAAAUAUUGGGAAGAAAUGUUUAAAAGGAUCUUCGAUUUGUUGGACAAUGCUGCAGCAGCUUUUCAUAUUCCUGCGGAUUUUGAUGACACGUUUGUUAAUCUUGGAUUUGGAUCAAUGCUAUUUGAUUACAGCAAAUCUGGUGAUCUUUACAAAAUGUGGAAAGAUAGUAACCAGAACAACGUUGAAGCAAUGAACGCUCUAAAAAAAUACUCAUAUGCACCAUUUAGCAAUGAUGAUACUAAAAACUUUAUUGACACUCGUACAUUUUUCUAUCUAAGAGAUUUCCUCUACGAAAUACAAAAGGCCUCUCUACCAGCCUUCUUUGCCUCAACAUGGGCACAGAAUAUCGAUGAGGACAAAGUCACUUUUGACGAUUACUCAAUGCCUUUUAAUGCCAAUAACAUAGACCUGACAGUCAGCACUAAUGUGGUGUACGGCAUAUCUUCAACCGUACUAUCAGGGUCUAAUAAUUACACUAAUGGAAGCAAUUGGUUCGAUCCUGAGUUACAGAUGAUCUAUGAAAACACAACUAACCUCAUGGCCUGGUUUAUUGAAAGGAACUUUUCAAAUCGUCCUGACCUCGCAUUGACGUACUAUCCAUCAGUGUACAAUUUCUACUGGUUUACUGCACGCUCUGUGAAUCUGUUGAGAAGCUACUCACAACGGCAUGGUAGACUCCCUUAUGCAGUCAUGGAGAGAGCUAUGGACACACUGACUGUAGCUAUGAGAGGAGCAGCUACUACAGACAUUCUCAAGAAAGCAGUGACUGAUAAAGAUGGGCUGAUGUAUUUCGACGACUUCCUGGGAGACAAUGACAAAAAUAUGCAAGAUAAGCCUGAAAAAAACGCUGAAGAUCGUAUUUCCUCAACAGCUGUAGCAGUGAAUGCUCUGUUCUAUACUUGGACUGAGAACCAGAAGCUGCUACCAAUUACUCCCCCACAAGUCAUUGGAGUCAUCAGGAAUGCUUCACAGUGGCUUCUCAAGCACACAUUAAGUGGGGAAUACAAACCAUACAACGUCAUCUUUUCCGGCUCUGUCAAAACACUUGAUGAUCUCCCAUUUUUCUAUCCUUCCAAAGACCUCAAGUUCUUGAAUGGGUCUUCCGUCCCACCAGAUGCUGCCACUCCUGAAGUGAUGCUGGGCAUUCAUGGGAUCAUCUCACAGCUAGAGUAUCAGGAUAUGCUCAAAAAGAAAAACUUUGGGAGACACACACCGAUGGAUUUCCAUGGCUACAAUGACCAUAGUGCAUGGCCAUUUUGGUCGUCUGAACCCUUUACACAUGCAUCAGCAUUGUUAGCUCUGACUCAGUACAGAGCUUUAUUAGACACUCCAACUUAAUUAACACGGUGUAUUCCUUUGUUGCUUUGCUCAAUAUAUACAAAACCACAA